UUCCCUCGGCAUUGUAACAUCAGUGUUCAACAAGAUGCUGGCGAUCGUACUAGGAGUUUUCGCUCUUCUGCAGCUAUCCACUCAGCAGGAGGUGCCAGGUGUUCUCCUGAAAGGAAACCAAACAGCGGGAAAACGUGCCUCAGUGUCGGAAAAUCCCGAAACCUGCGAUGGAUCUCGGAUGUUCUCAACCUGCAGCGGCUGUGAAUCUGUUAGUGUUUGUUUAGGUGACACGAUGGAUUGGCGCUACUGUCCGUACAUAAAUUCAGAGAAACCAUUCUGUAACAACGGAGAAUGUUCGGCUACUCCCGGUUACGAUGAUUGCCCUUAUAGCCUUUCCUGCAAUGGCGAGGGAUACUAUCCAGAUCCCAGAACCUGCGACACGUACCAUUACUGUGAGGGUAAGUACCAAGCCUCUUCGGUGUACAAAUGUCCAACCAAUUACGUCUUCAAUCCGGAAACAAACUUCUGCAAACGGAAACAAAAGGAGGCAGACUGCAUGAAGGUGACGUGUAACCCAGACGAGAUAUUCUCCCGUUACGGAACCAGCAAUCGGUUCUUCGGAUACUGCAGGUACCCCGGUAUGGGACCGUUUUCCUACGAUGUUUCAAUCUACAAGUGCCCUGAUGGAACGAUAUUCGAUGGAAAAACAUGUUCCUUCGAGUGCCCUGCAGAGGGACGGUUCCCGGAUGCUUCUGAUAACAGAGGCUACUACGAAUGUUAUUUUUUGGAAGAUGAAAAAUUGACUGCCGUCUAUCAGCAAUGUCCGUCGGGAAGGGUCUUCGAUGCAAAGCUGGGCUCAUGCAUUCAAAAUGUGCAAACAACCACUGGUUCUACUAUAUCUGGAUGAUCUAUAGUUAAGCAUUAUGUGUGAAGAUGAAAAGAACUGAAAUAUAAAAAAGAUUACAAUUUGCACAAUUUGAAAUAAUGUUAAAAAAACUGUUUUAUUCAAAAUAUGUAUGUAUUAAUAAAUCUUCUAUCUAUAUAU